GCCAAGAAGUCUAAGUUACCUAAAUCUAUUGAGUACUUUUGUCUUGCCAUGAUAAGUUCUAAACGUAAAUCGAUAAUUGGAGCUCAUCAGCAGACAAAUCAGACGUUCAUCUAUGAUACUCAGAAGAAGAAACUACUGUUCCAUCCAGAAGAUUGUUCCAAGAAUCCAUGAAAGGUUGUUCUUCCUCACUACUUUAAAGAUCAAACAGACAUGUACUUUGACGUGGAUACCAAAUCAUGAACAAAAACAAGAACUUUGAUAUGGGGUUCAAAUGCAUUCCUCAACUCUCAUCACUAACUCGCAUAUACGUGCCUCUCCCUAGAGCAACAAUCCAAUAAUUCGAACACAAGACUUUUUUACGCAGUAAAUAUUCAUUGGAUUGAAGCCCAUCAACACGCGCUGGGCGAUGUUAACUAACUUAACCGCCAAGAAGCUGUUACUCCAAAGUUUGUCUUUAAACCCUCUCCCUUUCAUCCUUGAGAAAGCCCAUCUCAGUUCUUCUAUACACCCAGAAAGAGAAGACUUCUUUGCUUUUUCUCUCACCAUCAACAAUGGUGAACAUUCUCCGUGUACUUCGCUCACUACGACUCAGACGGAUCUUCAUCGGUCUUCUCACCAUUUCCCCGGCGGCCACCAUAAUCCUUUUCUCCAUUACUCGUUUCAUGUAUCAACAGUUUGACAGAAUUAUUGCAAGUGUGGAGGUUGACAAGAUUGACGGCGACGUUUACCGUUCAGCGGAGGUCUUUCGGAUGGAUUACGCAGAAAUGGAGAGGAAAUUCAAGAUUUAUGUGUACCCAGAUGAGUAUAAAGAUGAGAAUUACACGAAUUAUCAAACGAUUUCUGGAAAGUAUGCGAGUGAAGGCUAUUUCUUCAAGAAUAUCAGAGAAAGCUCGUUUCUGACAGAUGAUCCUGAACAGGCCCAUCUCUUCUUCAUCCCCAUUUCUUGCCACAAAAUGCACCAAAAGGUAUCAUCUUAUGAGGAGAUGGCAUCAAUUGUUCAAAAAUACGUAGAGGGCUUAAUCGCCAAGUACCCCUACUGGACCAGAACUAUGGGGGCGGAUCACUUCUUUGUUACUUGCCAUGAUGUUGAUGUACGAGUCACAGAAUUGGUCCCUCAUCUGGUCAAGAACUCAAUUCGGGUCGUCUGCUCUCCCACUUAUGAUUCUGGCUUCAUUCCUCAUAAAGAUGUUUCACUUCCCUUAGUGAUGCAGCCACUCAAAGAACCUGUCCGACGAAACGACUUGUACAAGAGGACGAUACUCGGUUAUUGGGAAGGAGCCUGCAAUUCUGAUCUGAGAAAUACGCUGGUGAGCAAUUGGCAGGGAGACAACGAGCUUGAUAUCCAGAAUAGUACUUAUUACCCGGCUGGAGGAAUGAGGAAAUUGUCUAUGGCUAAAUUCUGCAUCUGCCCGGUUGGUUCAAGAGCCACCAGCAAUCGCAUUAUCAUGGCUAUUCGCUACGGAUGUGUGCCUGUAAUAUUGGCGGAUUACUUUGAGUUGCCAUUCAACGACGUUCUUGAUUGGCUGAAAUUCUCUGUUGUACUGAGUGAGGAGGAUGUCUACGACUUGAAGUACAUUUUGAGGGGAAAAGCAGGUGAAGAGUACAGCAGGUUGCAUAGCAAUCUUAUCAAGGUGCAGAAACGGUUCAGGUGGAAUUCACCCCCUGUAAAAUAUGACGCAUUUCACAUGGUCCUCUAUCAUCUCUGGUUGAGGCGAAACGUCGUCAAAUACUAAGAUAAGCCACAGUUUUUGGUCUCCGUGGCGUCGGUGUAAACAUUUCAGAUAUCAUCUGAUGUGUCUUUUGAAGCAAGUCGAUAGAGAGUCAGGUUGUCAAUAAAUACAAACUUGGAAAUUGUUUAGAGCGAAUGAUGUAACAAAUUAGUACAUUUUCUAUUCAUUUACUCAUUUGGCGCAAAAACAGCCCAAUGAGCUGUUGUAAAUAACAUUACCAUGCGUAAUCUGACAAUUCAUGGUCCAUAUUUUCUUCUUAAUCAAUGAUCCGUGUAUGCUUUGAUAUAAUAUGCAAAUGUAAUAGUAAUGAUUCAGGAAUUUUUGUGCUGAAAAAUGGGAGGCAGAUAAAGAACACAAAUGCAACUUCUGCAACACUCCACUAACUUUUCUCGAGGUUUUUAUACAGUUAGUGAUUAAGCAGGCAUUUGAUAAUGAAGCAUAAAUCUCCAUAUCUGCUUCCAACAUAAACGGGGAUAGAGAGGGAUAUGGGAAGAAAUAUAUGCGAACCAGUAAUGCAGUGAAUAUGUACAUUCUCUCAUAUACGAAAGAAAGACAAGGCUACCACUUAUCAGAACCAAAUUUCAAUCACAAUUGCAA